AUGUCUGCCCCCAUCGAAACAAACAAGCUUACUUCCUCGAGCGGGCCCGAGUCGCCUACAACAGUCCGACCAUUGGAUUUAUCUGACGACGACGACGUCCAAGAAACAGGUGUUCUCAGCGGUGAGGCUCCUACAUCCCAGGCUACCACCAACAACACCACCUCGUCCGACAUGGCGUCCUCGACACCCGCUGUCGAAGCGGCCCCACCAAAGCCCCCGAGGCCCUCCGGCGAGACUCAGAAGACUGAGGACAUCUUGAAGGAGGCGUUCCCCAGCAUCGAUAUCUCCGUCAUCAAGGCGGUCUUGAGAGCUAGUGGCGGAAAGAUCGACCCUGCUUUCAAUGCCCUCCUGGAAAUGACCGACCCCGAUGCGGCUCAGCACGAGACCACCGACGAACAACCCCCUCCUCAGCCUCCCCGCCCCCAAGGCGGCGCGCAGCUGUCCCAGCUCGAGGCGGACGAGCUGUAUGCGCGACAGCUGGCGGAGCAUUUUGACAACGUCGGCAGCUACGAGGCUAGAACUUCUAACCGGAGCCCCGGCACCGGCGGCGGCCGUGUGAAAAGGCAGCAGACUGGCCUCGAGCCCAGGCCGAACGCGGAGGACCGCGAGCCCAACUUCUUCGACGACGAGUUGCCGGUGAUUCAGGAGAAACUACGCAAGGGAUUCGUGGAGACGCAGGGCAAGGUCAACAGCUGGAUCACUACAAUGAAGAAGAGGUUUGACGAGGAGUUUGCCGAUGAGGACGACACCAGCCACCAGCGACCUGGCCAAAGCCAGGGCCAGGGCCAGUAUGGUGCCCGGCGACCCGGAGAGUCGAGCCGUCGGAGCGGUGAUUACGAGAGAUACGACGCCGAUCCUCAGGUGCUAAGCGACGACUUUGCGGGUAUGAAGUUCACCGCUGACGGAACCCCUCUCCGCGACAACAACAGACCUUUGUCGAACCCUGACCUCUACAAGCCUCCCCCACCCUCCAAGUCGCCCAAGUCUCACGACGGUCGCAAGGUUGCGUUCAGAGAAGGCGCCGAAGAGAUCGACGUGUACGGCUCGUCGCCCAGGCGCUCUGCUGAAGACCUCUCAGGCUCAAAGGCCAAGGCCAGCAAGUGGCAGCCCCUGUCGACGGUUGACCCGAACCCCAUCAGCGACAACGACCCCUUCAGCUUGGGCGAUAGUGAAGACGAGCGGGAAGCGAAGGAGAAGGCUGCCUCCAGCAAGGUUACCAAAGACGCCAGCUCGGAGGACAGCGAGAGGCUCAAGAAGGCCGCCGCGGAGGCAAUGGCGGAUAGUCUCGUCGAGUCCAAGGGCGACGAGGCAGCGGGUGCUGCUGCUGCCACCAAGAAGAACUGA